GGGGAGACCAGAUAUAGUGAAGGCAGGAUCUGGGGAGACCAGAUAUAGUGAAUGCAGGGUCCUGGGGAGACCAGAUAUAGUGAAUGCAGGGUCCUGGGAGACCGGAUAUAGUGAAUGCAGGGUCCGGGGAGACCAGAUAUAGUGAAUGCAGGGUCCGGGGAGACCAGAUAUAGUGAAUGCAGGGGUCCGGUGAGACCAGAUAUAGUGAAUGCAGGGUCCGGGGAGACCAGAUAUAGUGAAUGCAGGGUCCGGGAGAGCGGAUAUAGUGAAUGCAGGGUCCGGGGAGAUCAGAUAUAGUUAAUGCAGGGUCCGGGGAGACCAGAUAUAGUGAAUGCAGGGUCCGG